AUGUUUCCCAAGCGAUCUUUGAGCCUUGUCGCUCUUUUCAGUCUUACGGCUUCUGCAUUAAGAUCUCAACAUGCACACCAACCCCUUCAUCAACGUACCGCGGAUUCCGCCUCAAGUUCCGGAAACAUCACUCUUGAUCCAUAUGAGUAUGUGGUGGUAGGAAGCGGACCAGGAGGUGCUCCUUUGGCCGCAAGACUUGCUCUGGCAGGCCACUCGGUUUUGCUUAUUGACGCUGGAGAAGAUCAUGGAGAUGAUACUGUGCUGAAAGUUCCUGCGCUUCAUGUUUUGGCUUCGGAGUAUGACCCAAUUCGAUGGGACUUCUUUGUUCAUCAUUACGCAAAUGAGACCAGGCAAGCAAGAGACUCAAAGAUGACUUAUGAGACUGUUGACGGGGACUUCUAUGUUGGCCUCGAUCCCCCUGAAAGCGCAACUCCUCUGGGAAUCCUUUACCCAAGAACGGGAACUCUUGGUGGAUGUGCUGAACAUAAUGCGUUAAUCACCAUUUUACCUCAAGAGACCGACUGGCAACACAUCCAAAACAUAACCGGCGAUGACACUUGGGCUCCAGCAAAGAUGCGCGAAUACUAUCAAAAGCUCGAAUCUUGCCGCUACCUCACCGCUGAUGUCACAGGUCAUGGCUUUGAUGGUUGGUUGCAGACCGAGGUCACCAACCCAGAACUCAUUGUUCAAGAUCAAAAAGUUCUCUCACUAGUCAUCGCUGCCGCUACAACUAUGGGCCAGGGACUACUUGGAAAACUCAUCACCACCGUUACCGGAUUGGUUGAAGUUCUCGCACUCGACAUCAACAACGAUUCGCCAGAUCGUGAUCAGAUCGACGCUUUAUACCAAGUUCCUCUUUCCAUGAAAUUCCCGGAAUACUCUCGUGCUUCCCCACGGGAUUUUGUCUGGAGUGUCGCAAAUGCUACCAAUACCGAUGGCUCCAAGACUUAUAAGCUAGACGUGCAACUCAACACUCUAGUCACCAAGAUCCAAUUCGACACCACUGCCGCAACACCUAAAGCCACAGGUGUCGAAUUCAGCGUUGGAAAGUCCCUAUAUCGCGCUGAUCCCCGGAGUAAGAAUGUAGCCGAUUCUGCCGCCACUUACGGAAGUGUCACUGCCACCAAGGAAGUCAUCAUCUCAGGUGGUACAUUUAACACACCUCAAAUCCUCAAGCUGUCCGGUAUUGGCCCCCAAGCCGAACUCGAGAAAUUUGGCAUCCCAGUCAUUGUAGAUUUGCCCGGUGUCGGCACCAACAUGCAAGAUCGCUAUGAAGUUGGUAUUGUGGGAAACUCCACUUCCGACUUCUCUUUGCUAAAAGAUUGUACAUUUCUCAACGGCACCGAUCCUUGUCUCGAACAGUGGGAGAAUGUUCCUAUUUUGAAAGGUGGAUACUCAACCAACGGCAUCGCUCUCGCAUACCCCAAACAUUCCAGCGUCGCAGACGGCGUGCAGGAUCUCUUCCUCGGAGGUGUCCCCGCCUACUUCAGCGGAUACUAUCCCGGCUACUCCGUACACGCGCUUGCCAAGCGCAAUAUCUGGACCUGGCUCACGCUCAAAGCGCACUCGCGCAACAACGCCGGAACCGUGCUUUUGAGAUCCGCCGAUCCGCGUGACACCCCCGAUAUCACCUUCAACUAUUUUGAUACGGGUGUUGGUGGCGACGAGGAUUUGCAGGCUGUGUAUGAAGGCAUGAAGUUUGGCAUUGAAGCGUUUGAGAAUCUGAUUCCGUUAGAUGGUUCUUUCACACGUAUAUGGCCCGAUGCCAGCAUCACUUCGGAAGAAGAUCUCAAACAGUUUGCGCUCGAUGAGGCGUGGGGUCAUCAUGCUUCAUGUUCUUGUCCUAUUGGGGCUGAUGAUGAUAAAAUGGCGGUUUUGGAUACGAAUUUUAAGGUGAGGGGUGUGGAUGGUUUGAGAGUGGUUGAUGCCAGUGUUUUCCCCAAGAUUCCGGGUAUGUAUAUUGCAUUGUCAAUUUACAUGAUUAGUGAAAAGGCGGCGGAUGUAAUUCUAGCCGAGGCUAGCUCUUGA